AUGACUACCGCCGCUCGUCCAACUUGGGAUCCAGCCCGUGGCAACGAUAGCAAAGCACCUAGUUUCCAAUACAGCUCUCGCGAUCUUGCUGCUCACACAAAGCUCAAAUUCAGACAACCUGGUCAGGGUACCACGGACGAGAUUGGUGAUCGUGAACGAUUGAUUGCCGAGUUGCGUUCAGCCGAACAAGAAUACUAUGAAAACAAGGACAAGGAAGGAGACGACCGACAAGAUCAAAAGAUGAUUGGUGGUCCCUCUGCUGAUGAAGUGGAUGCUCGACGUCAACAAUUAAUGGAAGAAGCUGAAAAGAUGGCACAACUGGAUAAAGAUGCAAGUGAUAGCGAAAGCGAUAGUGGAGGGAGUAGUAGUGACGAAUCGGAUGAAUCAGACGACGACGAAGACAAUACGGCAGAGUUAUUAGCAACGUUACAAAAGAUUCGUCGAGAACGCGCAGAAGAAAAAGAACGACAGGAACGUGAACGACUUGAACAAGAAGAAGCUCAACGUGAAGAAGAAGCCAUGACUGGUAACCCGCUAUUGAACAUUGGCGAUGAAAAGCGAGACUUUAGCGUAAAGAGACGCUGGGAUGAUGAUGUGAUCUUCAAGAAUCAAGCCCGUGGUACCGAAGAUAGAUCCAAAAAGCGUUUUGUUAACGACAUGUUGCGUUCUGAUUUCCAUCGUCGCUUCCUUACAAAGUACAUCCAUUAA